UCCAACAUGAAUAAGCUAGUACUCGUCUGUUUCGUGGUCGUCGCCGUAGCAGCUAUGCUGCAGGAGUCCGAGGCUUUCGCCGUGGAGUCUAAUUUACAGAAAGAACCGAAAGUUGAGACAACCGUUGAUGGCAAGGUUGUGAAGAGAAGCGCCCAGAACGCGGCCAAAGAUGCUGCAGAUGCUGCUAGGAAGACAGCAAGAGAUGCAGCUGAAAAGGCCAAGGAGACAGCGAGACAAGCUGCUAAGGAUGCAGAGAACGUCGCUAAGCAAGCAGCAAAUAGUGCCAGAGAAACUGCAAGGAAGGCGAAGAAGAGCAUUCAAGAUACCUUCAAUAUUUAAUCAGUUUACCUAUUCCUAUUAGCUUUAGAUGCACCAAAGACGCAAAUACAAUGUCUAUUAAAUAACCAGUUGAAUAAAAGCUUCAAGCUUCUUUCGCUUACAGCAUAAUUGCAGUAAAAUCAAUGAAAUUAUUACUAACUUGGAAAAACAAUUCUAACAUUUACAUCUUAUUUGUUGACGCGUAUGUUUAUUAAUAUUUUUGUUUGUUGU